CGGCCAUGGCGCUCCGCAGCGUCCUCCUGGCGCAGUGCGCCUGCUACUUGCUGGCUUUCCUCUUCAGCGCGGUGGCGCUGGUGCCGCUGGCCGAGAACGGGCACAGCUUCGGCGGCCGGUGUCUGCUCUUCACCGAGGGCAUGUGGCUGAGCGCCAAUCUGACGGUGCAGGAGCGCGAGCGCUUCACCGUGCACGAGUGGGGCCCGCCGGCCGCCUGUCGUUUCAGCCUGCUCGCCGGCCUCCUGUCGCUGCUGCUGGCCGCCGCGCACGCCUGGCGCGCGCUCUUCUUCCUCUGCAAGGGCCACGAGGACUCCUUCUUCUGUGCUUUCCUGCACCUGCUGGUCAGUGCCCUGCUGGUCUUGCUCGUCUUCAUCGCCAGCACCAUCGUGAGCGUGGGCUUCACCAUGUGGUGUGACACCAUCACUGAGAAGGGCUCCCUGCCCCGCAGCUGUGAAGAGCUGCAGGACGUUGACUUGGAGCUGAAUGUAGACAACUCCGCCUUCUACGACCAGUUUGCCACUGCCCAGUUCGGCCUCUGGGCGGCGUGGGCAGCCUGGCUGGCCAUCACGGUGCUGGCCUUCCUGAAGGCUUAUCACAACUACCGCCAGGAGGACCUCCUGGACAGCCUGGUCCAUGAGAAGGAGCUGCUGCUGGCCCGGCCGGGCCUCCGAGCCGACUGCCGGCAGGACAAGAGCGCAGUCAUCUAGGGCCACCCGCCAUCCUCCCCGCCCUGGGAGCUGGGCACCACCCCUACCUUGCAGCUUCUCGCAUGCCCCUCCCCGAGCCCUCUGAGAGCUCGUGCCCCCCCUCCUGCCCCCAGCCCCCGGGAACAGCCAGACAGGUGUUAGAGAGACCUGGGCUGUGGUGAGCAAGUCCAUUGUGGGACCUGAGAGAGGACUCAGGUGGGGUCCAGGUGUCCUGCAGGUGUGGGUCUGAGGACACACAUGUGUCUCACCAUGCACAUGCCUGUCCCAGAAGGCACACCUGCCCUGCAGGUGCCGGCACCCUGGCCUUGCUCCUGUGUGACUCGCACCCCUUGCCCAGGUAUGAAGCCGCCUGGCAGCUGGUCAAUUACAUGCACCGUCCCAGGGCAGCACCUGUGUCCCCUAAUCAGUCCCCACCGUGAUGGCCGAAUCUGCAAACAGAACCCACCCCAAGUGUGGGAGAAAUGGCCUCCUCCCCAGGGGGCAGAUUCCCUCAGCACUGCUCCAGGACCCCUCCCCUGGGGGAUGGAGCUGGCCAGGUACAGCACACUGGUGUCCCCUGAGUCUGGGGUGGCUGCAUGAACAUCUUGGAGAUGGCCAGGCUGCCCUGCCCUGGGCAAGGGGGCUGGCCGAGGGAGACCCUGGAGAGCUUGUGUCUGAGGGUGGGCUCUGCCUGUGGUGGGGGUGAGGAAGGGGCCAGGAGGGAGCGAGGUGCCACUAAUGGGGUAGGUUUGUGCAUGUGUGUGUAUGUGUGACCGCUCACGUGUGUGAAUAUGUAUGUGAUAGAGUGUGUACGUGAGCACAUGCAAGUGUGUGCACAUGGAUAUGAACAUGUGUGCUUGAGUGUGCAUGUGUACAUACAUAGAAUGUGCACCUGUAGAGUGUGUACAUGCACACUUGAGUACACACGUGCAUGAGUGUGUGAAUGUGAGUACAUGUGCGUAUUCAUGUGUGUAGUAUGUGUGCACAUUUAUAUAUGCAUGUGUGUACAUGUGAAAACAUGCAUGCAUGUGUGCACAGGUGUGGAUUCAUGCAUGUGUGCGCACAUGUGCACAUGUGUGCAUUUGAGCAUAGUAGUGUGUAAACACAUUGGUGUGCAUGCAUUGGUGAGUAUGCAUGCGUGUCAGUGUGCAUCACUGGGCUGUGCAGACACAGACCCCCCAGCUGUUCAUGCCUGCCUGUGGGGGGUGUGUGUGCCUGCAGAUGGCAGGCCUUGCUCUGGAGGGUGAGGGCCGAGAGGUCCCUGGACACACACACACACACACACACACACACACACACACACACACACACACACUUUCUCCCCUCUCGACAUUACAAAGCUCACUCCUGAGGCUGCUAGCUCCAGCCUGUGACCCCAUCCCAUCACCACCACCAGCAGGUCAGCAGGGAAAUGGUCCCCAGGGGCCAGGCCUGGCUGUCCUGGGGGGCAGGUGUCAGUGCCUGGACAGGGUUAGGCUGGCAUUGAGGUUGGAGGUCUGGUAGCAGGGCUGCCAGCAUCUCAGAGCCCAGGCGCGAGUCCCUGUAGAGGGGAAGGCCGUGGGCUGACCUGGGUCCCAUCCCCCUCGCAGAACCCUCUGCAGUCCCAGAGCUCCUGGUCACCUGCCAACAGCAGCUCCCUCUUCGGGGCCCCUGGGUGGGCUGGGUAGGGUCCACCCGGGCAGCUGCCCUUCGUGGCCAGGCAGUGCCUGUGCCAUGUUGUUUAUGUGGGUGCCUAAGAUUGCACCUUAGACGUCAGGGCUUGGGGACUUUUAGGAGGGGGCAGCCCGAGGCUUCGGCCAAGGGUGGGUGCAGACUCUGAGGGGCUGCGGCACAUUCCCCUUCAGCCCUGGCCUUCCUCCCGCAGACCUGCCCCCUUCCUCUGCCCGCUUCCCCUCAAUGUGGCAAAAUAAAAGUGCCGGCUCUGG